AUGCAAAGUCCGUAUUCGCCUACGAACCUUUACAGCGGGUUCAACUAUUACUGGUUUGACAGUGAAAUUGACUUUGCGAAUCAAGACUUGGAACUAAGAGUACUCACCAAUCCCUACGAUAAUGUUACUCCGCAACUUGACUUGGAUACCGCCUUGGUGAAGCUAAAUAGUCCUAAAAAGGACUUUGAAACCGUUCUCAUCGAAAAGAAGCUCAACUUCAUUUGGAAGAUAACCAAGCGGAUGGAUAAGCUUGUACGUUUCGAUACUUCUGAGGCUAGACGUGUAUUAAAAGAAUGGUAUUCUGAGAAUGAAACCGAACUUGAAGCCACUUCUAGUGUUUCCAUUGAUGAGCUUACAGAGGUCCCUGAUGUGUUUAACUACGAUAGUUUGGAAGAAAUCAUUAGUUUUACUGGCGAAGAAUGCCCAGACUCUGGUGAUUUCAAUAUUAUUAGUCUUGCUCGAGGCCAAUUUGGAAUUGAAGGAAGGUACCAAAUGUAUGAUGAUGAAAAACAGAAAUGUAUCGGAAUAGUUGCAAGGACCAUUGGGUUAGAUGAGGUUGCUUUGAGACGUUCAAAUAGAAUACCAGGCUGGCCAGGUUUCAAGAGAGUGGGCCACGUUGCUACCCCCCCUGCAUUUGAGAAUGAUGACAGUUUCGGCAGUAAAACCGCUGAGCUCAUUACAUCUGAAAAAGGCUCUGAGUCCUCCGGCAGUGUGUUUUCUGCUGUUAAAAGACUUUCUUUGGAUGGUGGCACGUUCACCGAUGCCAGGUACCAACCCAUAGAAUUCAUUCCAUCUGUUCCGGGGCCUAGAAAGAUAGAAAAGUAUGAUGAGCCUGAUAUACAUCCUUCAGUCCCCACAUUUUGCGAUUCGGACUAUAAAAUGUUACGGCGCUCAUUGUACGAACCAAGGUUAUGUUAUUACUCUCUACAUGGCGGUGUCCACUUCGUUACCCCAAGGUUCCUCCCAGGUCACCAGAAUCCUAGUAAGAGGAACCACGACUACUUUCUCAUUGCCAUUGAUAACAACAAGUACGAACAUCUCACCCCUACUCAGAAAUGUUUAGCCUUAUUCUCAUUAUGGAGAACAAGCAGGCAUUACUUCGAAAUCAACAGUGUUCCUGUUGAAACCCUAAUAGGGCAUGAAAACAGUUUGGCGCAAGUUACUAAACUAUAUGGAACACUAAAGGAUGCAGUAAAGCAUACUAAACCCUCUCAAAAAGUCAAGCACGAAAUUCAAAGUGUUCACCGCUCCCAACCAAAAAGACAUGGAAAUAUAACAUCAAUAAUGCACAAAUUGUUUAAAACAAACAAAAGCAGAGCACUAAAUGUUAAUGCGCCAUGA